AUGCCUCCUCGACUCAACAUCCCCCCAAUAACGCGCAUUCUCCUCAUCACACUGGUGCUACAAUCAUUUCUCAGCGGCGCAAUAAGGUACAGGCAAUGGUCUGCAGAGUCUGAUGUUGUAGUUCCCUACAUUGCACUGGUCCCCCAGCUGUCUUUGAUAUACCCCUGGACUUUUCUGACGACGACGCUGGUGGAAAACAAUAUCUUUACAUUUGGGAUAGCGGGUGUUACAAUCUUUUACGGGGGGAGAUAUCUGGAAAGAGCAUGGACUUCAGCCGAGUUCGCAAAGUUCCUGUUGGUGACAUCUCUGAUACCUAAUGUUAUGUGCUUUGGGACGUUGGUCUUUCUGUUUGCUGUUACUGGGGAAAUGAGUUGGACGUUGACUACUAUCAACGGCACCAUCCCUUUGCAAAUAGGAUUCCUAGUUGCCUUCUCCCAGCUCGUCCCAGCGCACACCGUCACUCUAUUCAAAGGGAUCAUAUCCCUCCGAGUCCCUCGGUUCCCGCUCCUCCACAUUUUGGGAGUUAUCCUUCUCUCCCUAACCCCAAUGAUAAGCGCAGCUUCAACAUUCUCGGUCCUCUCCGGCUUCCUGAUCAGUUGGACCUACCUCCGCUUCUACAAGCAAGCUUUCCCCGACCUCGAAACCUCACAACCAGCUUCCCUGCGCGGAGAUGCUAGCGAGACAUUCGCAUUCUCCGAAUUCUUCCCUGAACCAGUGAAGCCAGUGGUAGCCAGCCUUUCGAACCAGAUCUAUAAUAUUCUUGUUGCGUUCAAAAUCUGCACGCCGUUCUCUCAUGCAGAUGUAUCAGCGUCGAGGGGCGAGACUAUUGUACAGCGUGGUACACCUGGAAGUGCAAGAGCAGAGGCAGAGCGAAGGAGAGCAUUGGCGUUAAAAGCAUUGGACCAGAGACUGCAUGCCGCGACAACAGGGCCCUCGAAACCAAACCCACCACCGGCAGCACCUGCUAGUGUGGAGGUACAGCCACAGCCAAAUGUUCAAGCGCCUGCGACGAUGUUGGGGGAGACGAGCUAUGUACCCGAUAGAGAUGAUGGGAAGUCUUAG